AUGCUAGUCACUACAAUAUCCAUGCUGAUUUUUUGGGGCCGAUUGAGGGUGGAUGUAAGAGGGUUGAAAAGUAUAACAUCAAAGGAAGCGAUUUCAUACUUGGAGGAUUAUUUUAUAACGUGGGGUUCACCGAUGAAAAAUGUCACGGAUAAUGGAUCGGCGUAUGCUUCUAAAGAGUUUGCGGUGUUUGUAGAUAAGUACGGGAUUCAGCACACUUUUGCAGCACCCUAUCACCCUGCUUCAAAUGGAGCAGCAGAGAAUGCGGUGAAAACAUCUAAAAGGAAGUAUCAGCUGUUGAGGAAAGCGGGUUACUCCGAAAUCGAGUCCAUUCGUUUAUUUCUGUUUCAAAACCGAGCAACAACGCAUGCAACUACAGGGUACAGUCCUGCGGAGUUACACAUGGGUCGUCGUAUAAGAAUUAAAUUGGAUUUGAUUAGGCCUACGUUGAAGGACCGAGUAAUACAAGCUCAGGAUCGUCAAAUGCGCAACCACCCAAUGAGAAGAAGAAUUAGUUUUGGUGAAAGUGAUUUAGUAUGGGCUAAGGACUAUGGACAAAACAAAUGGACUAAAACGAUAGUGGUAGAAAAAUUGGGUGCUGUGACAUAUAGGGUGAAGGUUAAGGACAAUGUAAUUUGGGUACGGCAUUUGGAUCAGUUGAAAUCUGGGAGAUGGAGCGAUUUUAACAACCAGCAAGAGAUACCAAGGUUGCAGAGGAGAUAA